AUGGCGGGCAGCCUCUCGGAAAAGGCGCCGUCGCCCUCGCCUACGCCUGAGGCCAAGGCCGCGCCCUCGCCUUCCAGCCGCGCCUCGAGCCAUGGCAACUCGACUGACGAUGCGCCUACUUUGGGCGCAAACCACAAAAAGGCUACCGGGUCCCUGAACCCCCUCGACCUCGAAAAGGCCGAUAGCAAGGUUCUGGUGGCCUCGAAGCCCACUGACGACGACCCCUUCAAACACCUCCCCGAGAGCGUGGCCAGGGUCCUCAAGGACCAGGUCUUCACGCCCACCGUCAAGAUCGGCAUUGCUACCCUCUACCGCUAUGCCUCGCGCAACGACCUUCUCAUCAUGGCCGGCUCCGCCGUGGCUGCCAUCGCCUCGGGCGCCGCUUUGCCCCUGAUGACGGUCAUCUUUGGAAAUCUCCAGGGUACCUUCCAGGACUACUUCCAGUUCAAGCUGUCGUAUGACGACUUCACCGGCCAGCUGGGUCACCUGGUGCUCUACUUUGUCUACCUCGCCAUUGGCGAGUUUGUUGUCACUUACAUCGCUACGGUCGGUUUCAUCUACACGGGCGAGCACGUCAGCGCAAAGAUCCGCGAACAUUACCUGGAGAGCUGCAUGAAACAGAACAUGGGAUUCUUCGACAAGCUUGGAUCUGGCGAGGUCACGACGCGCAUCACGUCCGACACCAAUCUGAUCCAGGACGGCGUCUCCGAGAAAGUUGGCCUAACCCUCGCAGCCAUCGCCACCUUCGUCACCGCCUUCAUUAUCGGCUUCAUUAGUUACUGGAAGCUGACCAUCAUCUUGUUGAGCACCGUCGUUGCCCUGCUGCUGGUAAUGGGCGGUGGGUCGAGGUUUAUCGUCGGCUCCUCCAAGCAGAACAUCGGCGCGUACGCUGAGGGCGGCACCGUCGCCGACGAAGUCAUCAGCAGCAUUCGCAACGCCGUAGCCUUUGGCACCCAAGACCGCUUGGCCAAGCAGUACGACUCGCACCUUGCCCGGGCCGAGGGCUUUGGAUUCAGGGUUAAGGGCGGUAUCGGCGUUAUGGUAGCUGGCAUGAUGCUCAUCCUAUACCUCAAUUACGGUCUGGCCUUCUGGAUGGGGUCGCGUUUCCUGGUGGACGGAGAGGUGCCCCUGAGCAAGAUCCUGACUGUCAUGAUGAGCGUUAUGAUCGGCGCUUUCAACCUCGGCAACGUUGCGCCUAAUAUUCAGGCCUUUACGACAGCUAUUGGCGCUGCGGCUAAGAUCUACAGCACGAUCGAUCGCGACUCUCCAAUCGACCCGUCCAGUGAGGGCGGCGAAAAGCUCGAGCAUGUUCAGGGCACUAUUCGCCUCGAGGGCAUAAAGCACAUCUAUCCCUCGCGCCCUGAAGUCGUGGUCAUGGACGACGUUAGCCUCGUCAUCCCCGCCGGAAAGACUACAGCCCUUGUCGGCGCAUCUGGCAGUGGCAAGUCAACGAUUGUGGGCUUGGUUGAGAGGUUCUACUCGCCUGUCGAGGGAUCCAUCUACCUGGACGAUGUGGAUAUCUCGACGCUCAACUUGCGCUGGCUACGCCAACAAAUUGCACUCGUCUCGCAGGAGCCAACGCUAUUCGGCACUACCAUCUAUGAAAAUAUUCGCCACGGGCUGAUCGGUACCAAGUGGGAGGGCGAGAGCCCCGAGAAGCAGCAAGAGUUGAUUCAUGAGGCUGCACGGAAAGCCAACGCACAUGACUUUGUCUCCUCGCUUCCCGAGGGCUACCAGACCAAUGUCGGAGAGCGUGGUUUCUUGCUCAGUGGCGGCCAGAAGCAGCGCAUUGCUAUCGCCCGGGCUAUCGUAUCGGAUCCCAAGAUCCUCCUGCUCGACGAGGCUACGAGCGCGCUGGAUACAAAGUCUGAAGGUGUAGUCCAGGCCGCGCUGGAAGUGGCCUCGGAAGGUCGCACCACCAUCACCAUUGCCCACCGCUUGUCAACCAUCAAAGAUGCCCAUAACAUUGUGGUCAUGUCUCAGGGCCGUAUUGUUGAGCAAGGUACUCACAACGAGCUCGUCGAGAGGCGCGGCGCGUAUUACAACCUCGUCACUGCACAGGCCAUCGCAGCAGUCAACGAGAUGACCGCCGAAGAGCAGGAAGCUCUUGACAGCAAGGAGGAGGAACUUCUUAUUCGCAAGGCUUCCACCCAGAACAAACAGCCCGAAACUAGCGGCGCUGCCAGUUACGCCAACGACCCUGACGACGAUAUUGCGGCUAAACUGAACCGCUCAACAACUCAAAAGAGCAUCAGCUCCAUGGCUGCCGCAGGGCGGCAAAAGGAAGAACCAGUCAAAUACAGCCUCUGGACACUAAUCAAGCUCAUUGCGAGUUUCAACAAGGAGGAAUGGAAGCUCAUGUCAAUCGCCCUCAUCUUUUCCAUCAUCUGCGGUUUAGGUAACCCGACCCAGGCCGUGUUUUUUGCCAAGCUCAUCAGCUCACUGGGUGUUCCCAUCAACGACCAGACGAUUCCCCAGAUCCAGUCCGACGCCUCCUUCUGGUCUCUCAUGUAUCUGAUGCUGGCCAUUGUCAUGUUCAUUGCCUUCGCCACGCAGGGCAUCAUCUUCGCAAAAUGCAGCGAGCGUUUGGUCCAUCGCGUUCGUGAUCUGUCUUUCCGCACCAUGCUUCGCCAAGACGUUGAGUUUUUUGACCGUGACGAGAACUCGGCCGGUGCCCUCACGUCGUUCCUGGGUACCGAGGCGACGCAAGUGGCUGGCCUUAGCGGUGUCACGCUUGGAACAUUGCUCAUGGUUACUACGACGCUCAUCGCGGCCUGCACCGUUGCUCUCGCCUUGGGCUGGAAACUGGCGUUGGUUUGCAUUGCAACCAUGCCCAUCGUCAUCGGCUGCGGCUUCUUCCGGUUCUGGAUGCUUGCGCAUUACCAGCGGCGCUCGAAACGCGCAUACGCCGGCUCGGCAAGCUUUGCUUCGGAAGCCAUCACGGGCAUCCGCACUGUCGCAUCGCUCACGCGUGAGGAGGACGUGCUGCGGCAGUACAAGGAGUCGCUCGCGAUCCAGCAGCGGGCAAGUCUCAAGUCGGUGCUCAAGUCAAGCACUCUGUACGCGGCGUCGCAGUCGUUCAUGUUCUUGGCUUUUGCUCUUGGUUUCUGGUAUGGCGGCACUCUGAUUGCCAAAUUCGAGUACAGCAUGUUUCAGUUCUUCGUCGUAUUCUCGUCUGUCAUCUUCGGCGCCCAGUCUGCCGGGUCCGUCUUCAGCUUUGCGCCCGACAUGGGCAAGGCGUCCGAGGCUUCCCGCGAGCUCAAGACCCUCUUCGAUCGCAAGCCCCUGAUCGACACGUGGUCGACCGAUGGCGCAAAGGUUGAAGCUGUUGACGGCAGAAUCGAGUUCCGCGACGUGCAUUUCCGGUACCCGACCCGGCCGGAGCAGCCAGUCUUGCGCGGCCUGAACCUGACCGUCUCUCCCGGCCAGUACAUUGCGCUCGUUGGCGCGUCCGGGUGCGGCAAAUCGACCACGAUCGCACUCCUAGAACGCUUUUACGACCCGCUGGCGGGUGGAAUCUACGUCGACGGCAACGAGAUCAGCAGCCUGAACGUUAACGAAUAUCGUAAGUUCAUUGCCCUGGUUUCGCAGGAGCCUACACUAUACCAAGGAACAAUCAAGGACAACAUUCUGCUUGGCGCGCCGCACGAAGUCUCGGACGAGCAGGUCGAGUUCGCAUGCAAGGAGGCCAACAUCUACGACUUCAUCCUGUCGAUGCCUGACGGCUUCAACACGGUGGUCGGGUCCAAGGGCGCGUUGCUGAGCGGCGGGCAGAAGCAGCGCAUCGCCAUUGCGCGUGCGCUCGUGCGCGACCCCAAGAUCCUGCUCCUCGACGAAGCCACCAGCGCGCUGGACUCGGAGAGUGAGCACAUUGUGCAGGCGGCGCUGGACAAGGCGGCCAAGGGCCGGACCACAAUUGCCGUGGCUCACCGUCUCAGCACCAUCCAAAAGGCCGACAUAAUCUACGUGUUUGACCAGGGCCGCAUCGUCGAGCACGGCACGCACACGGAGCUGAUGAGGAAGAACGGACGCUAUUCCGAGCUAGUCAACCUGCAGAGCCUUCAGAAGAAUAGGUAG